UCACAUGCCCUCAAGUGAUGAAGAAUAUUCAUCAGACUCAGACUCAGAUGCGCCAAGCAUCCCCAAACGGAAACGCCCAAACGUCAGCAAGAUGGAGACCAGCACAGUUGAAAGUCACGACCCCAAAGGCUGGACAGUAGGAAGUGGAGAAUUAGAAGCCAGACACAUUGCCAAACCCAAACGUAGAAAUAACAUUUGGUCGACAGUCAUGGAGGAACAGGUUUUGUCACAAGAAAUUGGUGGUUUUGGCCUGAAGCGCAGACUAGACCAGGGCGAUCGGAGUGUUGAGUCCUACGAUUACUCCCAGGCUCUGAGAGUGCACGGGAGUGAGCCAGAAAAUUAG